AUGGCCGACAUGAGGAGUCAGGAGAGACUUCAGAAAAGACCAAGAAGUCCAGAGAAUGUGAAAGUACGGGUGUUAAUCAAAUUUUUCUCCCCAGGAGGAGGCGGCAGGAGGAAGAAGCGACGGGCUCGAGUCAGGAGACCAGCCCCACUGCAGAUAAGGAGUUAUAAACUCCUCAAGAAGCUUGGACAAGGCAGUUUUGGCAAUGUGAUGUUGGCUUCAUUCAUCAAAAGCAAUCAACUUGUAGCAAUUAAAAUCAUGAAGAAAAGGCCGGAGAUCAUGGAGGAACAUCAUGCCCUAAGGAUUGCUGAAGGAAGCCCUUUUCUUUGCCACGCCUACGCAGCAUUCCAGUCAGAGAUGAAAGCCUUCUUUGUUCUGGAGUAUGCCAGCGGGGGAAACCUUGAAGCUUUGAUGGAAAAUGGACGCUUUUCGUCAAGCGCCGUUAUGUUCUACGCAGCAGAGAUUGUUUGCGGUCUACAGUACCUUCAUUCGAAAGGCAUUGUUCAUCGUGACAUCAAACCAGCAAACAUCCUGUUGGACGGACAUGGACACAUUAAAAUAUGUGAUUUUGGAUUUGCUGUUCACAACAUGUUCGGCGAAAGAACAACCAGAGGCCUUGUUGGAACCUACGGCUAUAUGGCUCCAGAGGUAAUGUUAAUGGAGGAGUACAACGCAGCUGUAGACUGGUGGUCGCUUGGUGUUAUUUUAUACCGAAUGGCCACAGGCAGAUCUCCAUUCUACAAUGGUCGUGUCCGAACAAUGGUAAAAGAGUCAACGAUCAGUGAGAAGCCCAAAUACCCUGAGUGGCUUAGUGGAAGACUUAGGAAUCUACUGAAAAAGCUCUUGAAGAAAAAUCCACUACACCGACUUGGCACCAACGGCAAUAUCAGGAAACACCCUUUCUUUGCAUCUGUAGACUGGGUGGAGCUGGAAAGGCAGAGGUUAAAGCCCCCUAUCCAGCCUCAAGUGCCAUCAUCUGAGAACCUCGGUGCAUCUUCUGAAGAGCUCUCGUUAUCUUUAGAGAAUGGAUACAGCAAUAUCAACAUCCUUCAAGAGUUUUCCUUCCUGAAUCCCACCUGGCAGGAGUAUGCAGUGGGCUGAACCAUACUCACUUGACAACAAAACAGCCAAUUCCAUCAAAUGUCCAGAAGCCAUGUGCUGCAAUA